UGCGAACGGCAACUCCUGAGAGGGGAAAGUAACGACCCCAGAGCUUACAGAAAAACCUGUGAUGGCUGCUGUUGAUAGAGCUUUUAAUGGGAUACCACUAAGCAGGAUGGAUUAUCAUCAGCCUUCACACUACCUUCAAAGGACUGAAGAGCCUGGGGUUGCAGAGUCUCACUUUCUUGCAUCUUUAAGUGGACUUGGCCAGGGCAAUGGUAUCUCAAUGACAAGCCCUAUGAAUAAUAAUGCGUACCUCGGUACAUAUAGCCACUUCACCUCCAGCGCAGCUGGGGGAAAUUCCAACCCAGACAUGGGAGCCGCACUGCCGCUCCAGAACCUGCUGUGCGCUCCAGGAUUUUCUCCAACAUCUAGUAGGUUUUCUGCUCCAGCUCAAAAGAAACACAAACGGCAAGAGGAUAUCUCUGACUGCCCUCUGAAAAGAAGGCGACUGUCAAAAACCAAGGUAACAUCUUUAAUUGAAGGACAGCGAUCAUCUGGGAGUAUAUUUGUUGGUGAAAAUUCUGCACGGAGCUGGAACUCUACGCAUCCAGUAUCUGAAACCUCUACAGUUCCGUGCCUCGGUACCCAGUCCUCACAUAUCGUGGAUGUUGCACUUACUGAGGACAUGGAAGAAGCUGUUGUGGAGUCUCCAUGUGAUGCUGCACGAAGAAAGAUAGAAGAUAUUGAAAGCAGGUUAAUCAUUGGUGAUGAGGAUGAUAUAGAACCUGAAAAUUCAUCUAGUCGUUUGCCAACUCUUAUAUUGUCAGAUUUCCUUAAAGACAGUCUAAAGAAUGGGUUUGAUGAGCCGCUAAACAAGAAAAUAGUGGAGUCCAUGAGUCGUCCAUCUAUGGAGAUUGUUCUCUGGAAACCCCAGCCUGAAUUUCUUAUUGACAAACUCCAGUCAAUAUCUAAAUGCUACAAGGAUAAUACAGAUGUGGGCAAAGAUAAUCGCAUCACAUCUGUAAAUACAUUCCCCCAGGAAGUCAGUGAGGACCACCUUUGUACUUCUAAUGUAGCCAGUGACAUUAACACGAUGUGGGACCGAGAUGAGGAAGAAGAAAUGGAACUUUAAAUGGGGUGUGCAUUCACCUCAUUGGCUCUCACUUUACCCUUUUUUAUAUUUUUGGUUACCUGGAAAAACUAACUGAAUUGCAAACUCCUAUGCUAUGACUUUUACUUGUUUCAAAUGGUAAAUGGAGAUACUGGAUUGAAUUGAAGCCAAAUCAUAGAAAUGGGUGCUUUUCUCAUUGUUAUGCUUGAAACGUAGUGGGUGAUCUAAAAUUUUACUAUUACCACGAGCAAAUAUCUAUUGGUUGAGUAUGACAUAUGAAAUUCAUGGAUUAAAGUCUUAAUUACCCCAUGCAUGAUCAACUUCAUAAAAACCCAUCUUGCAAAACCGGGUUCGUUUUCAGAAUAAGCUAUUUUGCACUAAUUUAUCGUCGUCGUUACAAAGAGAGACAGCCAGUUCAGAAAACCUGCAAAGUGUAUGAGAGUCUACACUAUUAAACUGCCAAAAAUACUGGAUAUGAAUUGAUAACGUACACAAGUGUGUGCGUAAGGUUUAUGUGUUUUGUUACAAAUGUAUUAAUUAAACUUGGUAUUUUUUCCUAAGCAGUUGACGUAUAUAUAUUUUUUUCAUGUUUAGAUUUCUGUUCCAUAACUAGAUAGUUGGCAGUAGUAAGAGCUAUGUAACAGUUCUCAGAUUUUAAGGAAUAACUACCACAGCUCAUGAAAAUUUAAAAACCACUUGUUUGUGUCUUUGAACUGUUUUGUACUUUUCAAUAAAUCUUACUAAGUUU